UUACCCGGAAGUGAGCUGUACACAUGUCAAAAUGGCGUCUGAUACCGGUUUCAUUCUGCGAACUUUGUUUAUUUUAUUAAUAUCAUGUUUAGUGAAAGCAACAUGGAAUACAAAAGACUAUUUAAAAAGAGAACAUACUAUUACAAAACCAUAUACAGGUGCUGGAAUGAAUAUACCAUUGUGGGAUUUUGUCGGUACAACCAUGGUGACCAGUAAUUAUAUUCGUCUUACACCUGACAGGCAAAGUUCGCAAGGUGCUAUAUGGAACACUAUGCCUUGCCGAGUAAGAAAUUGGGAGUUACAUGUACAUUUUAAAGUACAUGGUCAGGGAAAAAACUUAUUUGGAGAUGGUUUUGCUAUUUGGUAUGCUAGGGACAGAAAUCAGCUUGGUCCUGUGUUUGGCAGUAAAGACUAUUUUGUGGGACUGGCUGUGAUAGCUGAUACAUACAGUAAUCAUAAUGGGCCUCAUAAUCAUCAGCAUCCAUAUAUCUCUUCAAUGGUGAACAAUGGUAGCAUGCACUAUGACCAUGAUUUGGACGGUACCCAUACAGAAUUAGCUGGCUGUACGUCAUUGUUUAGAAAUUCUGAUCACGAUACAUAUCUGGCAAUAAGAUAUGAAGGAACUACUUUAAAGGUGUCUAUGGAUGUAGAUGGAAAGGAUGGUUGGACAGAAUGUUUUAAAGUGGAUGGUGUACGAUUACCAGUUGGUUAUUAUUUCGGUGCAUCGGCUGCCACUGGAGAGUUAGCAGAUAACCAUGAUAUAAUUUCAAUGAAACUUUAUGAGUUAGAUCUGCCUGAAAGUCAGGGUAAGGAGGAAGAAUACCGGGGAUUGCCACAAGCUGAAGUUUUUGCAGCACCAAGAGAUCACAUUGAUGAUCCUAAAGGGGGCUUCACAUCUGGGGGCAGCUGGUCAGGAUGGAAGAUAUUCUUUGUCAUUGUUCUUAUAAUUAUUGGUGUGAUUGUAUGUGGGGCAGUUGCAUUUGUUAUAUUUAACAAGGAUGAUCCAACAAAAAGAAAACGAUUUUACUGAUAUUGUGGAAUUUUGUUGAAUGAUUGUUAAGAUAUAUAAAUGUGAAGAAUGUCAUACAUGAAUCAUCCAGCAUUUGUUGACACAAAAAAGGAUUUCUCUACCAGGAAAUAUGUUAUUGUUUAGUUAUUCUGAGGCAUUAUUCUAUGAAUGUUUAAAGAAAAUAUAUAUGUUAAAAACAAUUUUGGAAAGCAAGAGGUUCCAAAAUAUAGUUCAAGAACUUGGAGGAAAUUUGUUUUUGCUGACAUUUUUUUGGAAAAUGGUAGAAUAGAUAUGCU